AUGUCGACAGACAAGUCUCAAGGAACUACGUCAAGGACUGGAUGCCAGGAUAUUCUUUCGGGAAUUGUAUCAAAUUUGGUACGUACCGACCUCCUUCGCUGGACAAACGCUGAUCGACGCAGGAAGGACACCUUCAUAGAAAGAUUCACUCUUGACCGUCAGAGCUUCCAGCCAUUCUUGGAAGAUCACGAUGACCAUCUCUCAUUCGUUGUUCCCGACCCAAACCUGGCUGACCAGCCAGCGGAGCGUGAGAAUCGACGCGCACUAGGUUUCAUCACCAUCGCAAAUGCUUGCAUGCGACUCCCCAUCAAUGCUCUUGGUAUGGGAUGCUUAACUAAAGACGCUCACGACCAUCUUGUCGGGCGUCACGGCGAAGGUCUCAAGCUAGCGGCCCUGGUUCUCUCUCGAGAUAGCUACAACGUGAGUAUCACCGCAAGUGGUUGCAAUUGGAGGUUUGACAUGCACACAGACGCAUCGGUUUCUUGUACUGUGGCGCCAUCUCAGAAAACCAAGUCGAUCGAGUGGACCGAUCCUGCCCUCGACAUGGCAAGCGUACGAUACCAUGUGGGGAGGGACGUGGCAGUGGUGAUCGGCGCGACGCGGGCCAAGUCAGGCCGACCGGUCGCGCUAGACGCGUUUGUGAAUUGGCUCCGCUUGACGACGAUGGACAUUCGCGGGCUCACCUACCCUGCCGGUAUCAUUUCCACACCACAUGGCGACUUAAUUCUUGAUCCCCAGCUUCGAGGGCAGCUGUAUCACAAUGGGAUCACCUUGACCAAUUCCAUGUGGGCGGCGCAUUCCUCUUCGCGUACAAUUUCGCCUAUUCGACCACCUGCCGCGAUCGACGCAGACUGGCAUCCUGGCGGAAUGCGGCUCGCCAAGUGCAACAGACAGACCACGAACACAAUCCGGGACAGCCUCGGCAAGCGCCCGACACGCCUCCCCGACACGCUGUGGCACAUGCUGCGUACCCACUGCCCUAUCCGGACCGUCGAAGAGCACCUGCAAGAACUGUUUGAGGUUGCAAAGCCCUGCACCGUCCCAGACACCACAUUCGCGAGAGCAGUCGACCGAGCGCUGCGAGCCUGCCUCGCUCUGCUGAAGUUCACCGACCAUAUUCAGGUAGUCUACAUCCGAGGAUCGGCCGGCAACGUCGACGUAUACUUUGACAAAGGACAGGGUACGCUUAAGAUACAUUGCCGAUGGUUGGACUUUGCUUGUAUGCACCACCGGUCAUUCUGCCGGCCCUGGUCUCCGAGCAAACUGGCAGACCCGAACGCUCCGUUUUUCUGUUGCCAUGUGGUGGAAGAGCUCUUGGUUCGAUCGAUUGCAUCCAUGUUCAAAGCACAUCCGACGUCUCGACCUGCAGAAAUGAAAUUCAUGUGCCAGAUUGGACGUCGACUACGAUAUCUGCCACACAGCAUCAAGUUGAAGCCAUACCGGGGGGCAUUCUGGUCAGUUGGGAAGACAAUGAGGCGGAAUCCUUUCGCACGCUCGGCCCCGGCGGCCCAGACUAUCAUGUUGUGCUGCAUGAAGGUAAUUGCGCAAGUGGCGAAACAGCGCUUCUCCACGAUAAAGCAGCCCUCCCCAGCGACAUGGUGCCCUGUGGCUGCCGCCAGCAGUUCGCUCGUCAAACACACCGAAUGUGCCUCUUUACCGGUCUGUCUCACACAUCGACAUAUUAUGCCAUGA